GCGGCGCUCGGCGGCGUCGGAUCAUGGCGGCGUCGGUGCAGCUGGACCACGAAAACCAGAUCUUCCUGGAUCUCUUUCACCAGGACGGGCUGGUCAUCUGCGCCCGGGGGCUGGGCAUCGACCGCCUCCUCCUGCGCUUCCUGCGCCUCUACUGCGAACCAACUCGGCUGGUGCUCGUCCUGAACACCAGCCCUGCAGAGGAGGAGUUUUUUAUCGACCAGUUAAAGAUGGACAAUGUUGCUUAUCUUCCUCGGCGUGUUACAAACGAAAUUGCAAGCAACAGUCGCUAUGAAGUUUACACUCAGGGCGGUGUCAUUUUUGCAACCAGUCGAAUUCUGGUGGUGGAUUUUCUGACAGACAGAAUUCCUUCAGAUCUUAUCACAGGGAUUUUGGUUUACAAAGCUCACAGAAUCAUUGAGUCUUGCCAAGAAGCCUUUAUCUUACGACUCUAUCGGCAGAAGAACAAUCAGGGUUUCGUCAAAGCCUUCACGGACAACGCGGUUGCCUUCAGCACUGGCUUUUGUCAUGUGGAAAGGGUGAUGAGGAAUCUCUUUGUGAGGAAGCUUUACCUCUGGCCACGGUUCCACGCCGUGGUGCACUCCUUUUUAGAGCAGCACAAGCCUGAAGUGGUGGAGAUGCGCAUCACCUUGACCCCAGCCAUGCGUGCCAUUCAGAGCGCCAUCCUGGACAUCCUCAACGCGUGCUUGAGAGAACUGAAGCACUGCAACCCUGCCCUGGAGGCGGAGGAUUUGUCACUCGAAAAUGCUGUUGGGAAGGCUUUCGACAAGACAAUUCGUCACUAUCUGGAUCCUCUUUGGCACCAGCUUGGAGCGAAAACAAAAUUCUUGGUCCAAGACUUGAAGAUCCUCCGUACUUUGCUGCAGUACUUGACUCAAUAUGACUGCGUCACUUUCCUCAACCUUUUGGAGUCUUUAAGAGCAUCAGAAAAAGCCUUUGGUCAGAAUUCAGGUUGGAUUUUUCUUGAUUCUAGUACAUCAAUGUUCCUAAAUGCUCGGGCUAGAGUUUAUCGCCUGUCAGAUGACAAAGCAAGUAAAAAAAACCCCACUUCUGAAAAAGCAGAUGAAAAGGUAGAAAAAGAGCAGAAAAGGGAAUUGGUCCUGGAAAGCAACCCGAAGUGGGAGGCUCUUACAGAAGUGCUGAAGGAGAUUGAAAUGGAAAAUGCCAAUAGCGAAGCGUUGGGUGGGCCAGGGCGAGUGCUCAUUUGUGCCAGUGACGACCGCACUUGUGCCCAGCUCAAGGAGUACGUCACCACCGGGGCUGAAGCUUUUUUACUGAGGCUUUACAACAAAAUCUUUGAGAAGUCCAAGGAAUCCGGAGCACCCUGCCAGAGGGACAGGCAAGCAGCCAAGGGCCAGGGCAGCAGUGCCCGAGAACCUCAGGCCAAAAGGGCCAAAACGGAGUCCGCCAAGCCACGUAAGAAGAGGAAGAAGCCAGAGCUGACCCUGACCCAAAUGCUGGCCAAAGAGGAGCAGGAGGAUAUCGCAGAGGAGCAAGAGGACGCGGAGGGGUUGAGCAGUGGCCAAGAGAGCGGUACUGAAACCAGGCCUGAGGACCUCCAGCUGAACCCGUCUCUCCCAGAUGCCUAUUACGGGAUCUUAAAGGAGCCGCUGACAGCUAUCCAUCCACUAAACGGCUGCGGGGAUCCUUACGCCCUCACGCGGGUCUUGCAGGAAGUGGAGCCACGAUACGUGGUGCUGUAUGAUGCGGAGCUGACUUUUGUUCGUCAGCUGGAAAUUUACAAGGCCAGCAGGCCUGGGAAGCCUUUGAGGGUCUAUUUCCUUAUCUAUGGAGGUUCAGCAGAAGAACAGCGUUACCUUACGACACUAAGGAAAGAAAAAGAAGCUUUUGAGAAACUCAUUCGAGAGAAGGCCAGUAUGGUGAUUCCUGAAGAACGAGAUGGAAGAAACCAAACUAACUUGGAUCUCGUCAGAGAUGUGGCUUCAGCUGCUGUGCCCACGGACACCCGCAAAGCAGGUGGCCAGGAGCAGAAAGUGGUGCAGCAAAGCAUCGUUGUAGACAUGCGUGAAUUUCGUAGUGAACUUCCGUCUUUGAUUCAUCGUCGGGGCAUCGACAUACAACCGGUGACCUUGGAAGUGGGUGACUACAUCCUCACACCUGACAUUUGUGUGGAACGGAAGAGCAUCAGUGAUCUGAUUGGCUCCCUGAACAAUGGCAGGCUUUACGCACAGUGUGUCUCCAUGAGCCGGUACUAUAAGCGGCCCAUCCUCCUGAUCGAGUUUGACCCCAGCAAAUCCUUCUCGCUCAUUCCUCGGGCUUCCCUCCAUCAGGAGAUCUCCAGCAAUGACAUUACGUCCAAGCUCGCCCUUCUGACCCUUCAUUUCCCCCGGCUUCGGCUGCUGUGGUGCCCGUCUCCCCACGCCACUGCCGAAUUGUUUGAGGAACUGAAGCAGAACAGAGCUCAGCCAGAUGCAGCCGCAGCCAUGGCGAUCACGGCGGAUUCAGAAAUCCUUCCUGAAUCGGACAAGUACAACCCCGGCCCCCAAGACUUCCUAUUAAAAAUGCCCGGUGUGAAUGCCAAAAACUUCAGGGCUGUAAUGAACAGUGUUAAGAGCAUUGCAGAACUCGUCAGCCUUUCUCAGGACAAGUUGACUGAACUUCUGGGCAACUCUGCCAAUGCUAAGCAACUCUAUGAUUUCAUCCAUUUACAGUUUACGGAAGCUGUUUCUCAAAGGAAAGCCAAAAGGUGAUGUUAGGCCCUGGAGGGGCGUCAUACUGGAGUGCCUUGAGUAACUGCUGCUCUACCUUGGCGCUGCUCUAAGGAUUCGGACAAGCUGUUUGCUAUGACUCUCCUGGAGCUGCACCAGUUUGGAAUGCAGGUUAAUAUGUUUGAAUGUUCUCCCAUGUCAGAAGCUCCUCCCUGUGGAAAACUAGCAGGUAAAAAUUAAGGAUGGCCUUCUCCUUGAUGUGCUAGCUUUCUACAUGCAGGGGUUUGUGUAUCUUAAUGUUUUUUCCAAGUCUGUUUUAUCCCCACUUGCAAUAUCCUUUUCCAAGAUGCAACAAUUGACACUGAAAAGAACUGUGAAGCUUUGGGAGUUUUGUUUUUUCUAGAAUUUUUUUCUAGAAUUAUUUGAUAAGUCAGGUGUAAAAUCAGUGAAUAAAUUCAUGGCUAAUACUUUUUUCACCCACAUGCUGUUUUUACCCCCCCCCCCAAUGCUUUAUUUAGCACAAGGGAAGAUUUUUUUCCUUCCACUUCUUAAAUUAUUUUGGAACUUACAUAACAGGCAAGUGCUGCAAUGAAUCUUAAAUUUAAUAGCUGCAUCCUGCAGUCCAAGGUUGCCUGAAGGAAGUGAGAGGAGAGCUCACUGCCUGGUACCAGGUCACCUUUGCAUGGUUACAGUGCAUUAAUUUAUUGUUGUAAGCCGCCCCGAGGCUUCGGCGAAUGGGGCGGCAUAAAAAUGUUUUAAUAAUAAUAAUAAUAAUAAUAAUAAUAAUAAUAAUAAUAAUAAUAAUAAUAAUAAAAAAGUCAAACAGUGCUGCCACCAUUGGCUCGAGGGACUUCAAAAGGUCAUGAAUUCAUACCAUGUAUGGCUUGAUGUUUUGUGCCCAAAAGAACUCAGGGCAUCCCAGAGCACGGAAAGCAUGGCAGAACAACCAAUGCUAAUAAUGUAGCCUGUAUCACUAGUAAUUUAUUUUAAACUUUUUACUGUGCUUUUCAGGGCAAAGUCCUCACAAGGCAGAUAACAAUUGGUAAUUUAAAAAAACAAUAAAAAGGUAAGAAAUAAUACCAAAAACUUAAACAUGCAGUGGUGCCUUGUAGUUCAAACAACUCUAACUUCAAACUAUCCAGAGUUCAAAGGCUAAAGUUGAGAUAAAAUCACUCCAAACUGCAAACAAUGCUUCUAUGUUUAAACUGCACACACAGUGAAAAAAUGUGGUUGGUGCAUAAAAGUUACUGGUUGUGCGCAAGUCAUCUCUCACUGUGAAACUUCUCUUAUGUAAUGCUUGUGCAUUUUCAGUGCUUUUUUCACAUUAUUUUUUUGGUUCUAUUACUGGCAUGGCCAUUGUAAGAUUGUUUUGUGUUGUAUGUUUUCAAGUUUUAAUUAAUUCUGCAUGUCAUUGUGUUACUUUUACCUUAAAUUAUGCAUGUUUGCUGUUUUAAGUUUAUUGAAACUGGUAUUGUUUAGGGUCUGGGAACGGAUUAAUUCACUUUCCAUCAUUUUUAAAGGGGAAAAUUGAUUUGGAUUUCAAGCGAUUCAGAGUUUGAACAGCCUCUUGAAACAAAUCCGAAGUACAAGGUACCACUGAAUAUCCAAUGGCGAGCAUAUAAACAUUCCAGGAAAUCCUAAACUGGGGGUGUACAACCUGCAGCUUCCAGGUUCAGGCAGUGUGGCCCACAUGCUCGCCCUCACUGCUUCCAGUUUCCCCCCGUCCACACUAAUUGUCAUGACUCCAUGCACAACUGCUAAUGGCACACAUGUUGUGAUGCUGGUUGGGGCUGCUGGGAGGGGACCUGCCACCUCACAGCCAUUGGUGGUGUUGUCUACGUGCUACUGAUGGAGAUGGCAUCUGAGAAGCAAAGCCUGUGGGAACACGCUUCUACUUACAUGCAGGGAUCCCACAGCAACCAGGUAUAAGCCUGUGAUGUGGGUGGCGGGCCAAAUAAGGUGAAUGUCGGGACCAGGGUUAGGGUUAGUAGAGUCCUACAACAGAUUUGGUGGGCCAGAAGCAAGAGGCAUGCUAUUUUCAUCUUCCCAUUUAAGCCAGGGAGAUGAAAGAUCCAAGCAAACACAGUCCAAAAGAGCAGAAUCCAAAGGCCCAGCCCAGGAGCACCAUCCACAGGUCAAUGGAAAGGUCAAUUUCCAGGGAGACAGGCAGACUCGAGCAAGGCGAAGUCAGAGAAGAUGCAUGAAGGUACCUGGGAAUCAGAAUCGGGUUGGAGGUAAGGAUGGAAACAGGAGCAGGUGGAGCUGGGCAGGAGGCAAGGGCCAGGAUGCAGUUGACGCAGGGAGCCAGAACACCAAGACGUCGCAGGGCAGUUCGUGUUGCUGCGGCAAAGAGCGGCAGUGCAGCGAGGCCGUUGACGCCAGUCUGCAGUCGCACGGCAUCACCGCUCCUCUGCUGUUCUCUGCAAGCACUGUCAAAAGGGUUCCUAGUUCCGCAGGCCCUUGCAGGUCCCCUAAUCCUGACACCAGGACUGCUGCUUCCACCACGGUAACAUUGACACAGGAGCAGGGAUGCCCACUAAAAUGUCCUUUAGCGGAAGAGAAUUGGCUUCCCCCGUGCCUGCGGGUGGGGUCCCUAGUGCCAUCCCAGCACCCAAAAUGGUUGCCUGCCCCUGAGCUAAGGGAAGCAUCUAAAGGCCAGGACACAUUGAGGCAGAUCUCAGGGAAAGAAUCAACAGUGAUGCAGUUGCCACUGCGCCUGCUUAUUGCUAACCCUAUCAUACAACAGAGAGAAGGGCCUCUGAGGCUGCCCUUCAGGCUGGAAAGAUUUGUAGUGGUGCACUGUUUCUAGGAGGUGACUGAAAAAAAGGAAGUGCAUCACUACAGAAGAGGGCAUUAAUUUACAUAAAAUAGGGAUAUGCUGACUUGCGUGUAUAGAUGUGGAAACUAUUUUAAAUAUAAAUCCAGCACGUGUUACUACAGCAGUGAAAACUACGACUGGGUGAUCUGCAUGCCUGGUUAGUCUGCUAUCUAGAGGCUAACCGUUUAUGAGCCACUGUGCCCCCUUCUUCAAGGCCACUGUGCCCCCUUUUGAUCGGUUCUUCAUCAUUAAAUUGGAGUUGGGCUAGGCUGCUCUAGAGGAUGACUUCAGAUAGUUGACUAAUAUAGAUAGAACCCUAACCUCUCAGAAUGUGGGUGAGAAGCAUCAUGCAGGUCAUUUAAUAUUUUGACUGGAGAUGGACUUCCUGGAAAACUGCACAAAUUGCAGUUCCACUUAGCAUGGAGCUUCCUGAAUUAUCUUGGGGGUUUUGCAUACAAACCAGUAUACAAAAAGUCAGCUAUUGCCUAUGAGCCUGUUAUUAAAUAUUUAAUUCUUGGAUCUACUGAAGCAGACUCUUAAGGCAGACAAUUUUUUUUUAAUUCAAAACAUUACUUAUCUGUCAAAUAUUUUGGCUUUUGUAGAAACCAAGCAAAAAUGUAAACUUGGAAGUCAAAAGCUAUUCUGCUACAGCUUGAACAUAUUAUUAGCUGGGUAUUUCUGUGGAUUUUUAAAAUUAUGCAGUAAUAAUCUAGUAUUUCUACAUUUUCCAGUACCCUACAAACAUGAAGAGUUCUCCUUGUUCAAAAGGAUGCUUUAAAUACUUGUAUUAAAGGAAUUUUAAAGGAAUUUUCA